CGCUCGCUCGUUCGUACGCGUACGGUACGUAGUGUACGUACACUCGCCCGCCCGCCCGUCCGUCCGUCGGCUGGCGCGCGCGCGCGCGCGUUAACGGAAUUCGCGAUCGAGCACGCAGGGACCACCGACUAAUGUUUAAAUGGACGCAUCGUCCAUUAUCACCCAAGUGUCGCGGGAUGACGAGUUAGGCGCGUUCAACAGCGAGAAAGCCCAGUUACCUCGAGAAAAUGAAGCAGCCAACAAUACUUCGUCGAGUGGCAAGAAGCCGAGGGGACGCGGGCUCUUGCGCUCCCUGCUCUGCUGCUUUGGAAGAGGCCGCGGUGGUAGUUCAAAGAGCUCCAAGGCGAGUUCCCUACAGGGUGAAGGUCGUGGCUCGCCACCACCUGGCACCGGAUCCCCCAGGUUUCUCCUACCACCGGUUAGGCACCAAGACAUGCACAAAAAGUGCAUGGUAAUCGAUUUGGACGAGACUCUGGUGCAUAGUUCUUUCAAACCGAUCAACAAUGCGGACUUUGUUGUUCCUGUAGAGAUUGAUGGAACGGUACAUCAAGUGUACGUCUUAAAGAGGCCUUAUGUGGACGAGUUUUUGCAGAGAAUGGGUGAAUUAUAUGAAUGUGUAUUGUUCACUGCAAGUUUGGCUAAGUAUGCAGACCCGGUAGCGGAUUUAUUAGAUCGAUGGGGUGUAUUCAGAGCAAGGUUAUUCAGAGAAUCUUGUGUGUUCCACAGAGGGAACUAUGUUAAAGAUUUGAACAAAUUAGGUCGGGAUUUGCAGCAGAUCAUUAUUGUAGAUAAUAGUCCUGCCAGUUACAUUUUCCAUCCAGAUAAUGCGGUUCCAGUGGCAUCUUGGUUCGAUGACAUGACGGACUCCGAGCUACUGGAUCUAAUCCCCUUCUUCGAAAAACUCAGCAACGUGGAGAACAUCUACACGGUGCUGUGUAAUAGCAAUCAUCCUUACAAUCAGAUACCUACGCAUGCGGUGCAGAGCAAUCAGAGCCUGCCGACUUCAAUUUCAAUGGCUGCUUCCUAGCCCCACCUGAAUCCUGGCAACGCAGCCAGUCUUGUCGCUCAAUGCACCUUCCGGAGGAUUCUGAGGGGACUGCUCCACGUAACCCAUUCGCUAUAUAGCGAAGAACCUCGAAGUGCUUCUCCACGUUGAUCUUUGGAAAAACCGCUCCGAUCAGCGGAGCCAAAUGUCUUAUAUCUUGAAAGCGCGUCACUUAAGUCGACACACAGUCAUAGCUGCUAAUAUCCUUCUUCCUGGUGAGCAACGCAACGAAGACUGAUUAGAUUCGAUUACAGAGGAGACAUCAAUGCUCCGAUUACGUUUGUGAAUGCUCCUGACCCAACUUAUAGAACACGUUGAAAAAAGGAGGGUAACAGUAGCAGGUAGAAUAUGAAAUAUAUAUUUUGCUUGUUAAAAAAUUCAAGAUUAAAAUUUUAUUUUAAUUGUUAUUUUAAUUAUUUAAAGAAAUAUUGUAAGAAGAUUUAAGAUAUUUUAGAAUUUAGUAUUGAAUUACAGCUUUUAAAAUUUGUGGAUACAAAGAUCAAGAUAGGUAUCUUAAGAAUCAUAGAUAAUAUUUUUUAUAAGAACGUAUUGUCAACAGUAGAAUACUACUCGCUUUACACUGCCGAGGAGUAGGAAGAACAUUUUUCUUCGUAUUUUAUUAGAGAUAAAUUUUCAUAUCUACAUUUAUAAAGAAUGUCGUAAAUUGCUUAAAUCAUAAACAAAUAUGAUAAAAAAUAUUUUUAAACCCUUUUAUUCUACAGAAAUCGGUAUCUUAGCAAGAUUUAUUGUAAAAUCUACACAUCCUUGAAAUUAUAACUGUCUAAUUGCCGUUAUUAAAUAUGUUACCGACAUCUGUAAAGCAUUCAACAAGAUCAGAUCACGGCUUUGGACAAAUUUUUGUGCAAAUUAAGCAUUUCAUCAAUGUUGCAUUUGAGUAUUAAGUAUUUCCUGCUGCUGAUACACACCUUUUAUAGAACGCUCUGUACGUGGCAUUUAGAACGGUGACAUUGAAAUUUUACGGGGUACGUACUACUGUUUUUUUAUCAUCUCUGAUAAGUAACCGAGAAUAAUAAUAAUAUUAACAAAAGUGUCUAAUGCCUGUAGAGAUCGGGGCUUUUUUUGUUAGCCCUUGAUUUGUUUUUAUCUUUGUUUUGUUGCUAGUGUUAAGCUCCUUGAUUAUGUACAGAUGGCUAACUUUCCUUUGCCUUAGGAUGGUGAUCACGUCGCGUAGCCUUAUCCUGUCGAAUGCUUGUUUUAGGUCCACGAAGCACACAAACAUUGGCUUGUUGAACUCCACGGACUUUUCGAUGAGUUGUCGCAGUAUGAAUAUUGCGUCCAGUGUCGAUCUGUUCGGCCUGAAUCCUUGUUGUUCUUCGCAGAUGGGUACUUUAUCCGUGAUUUUUUUCGUUAAAAUUUUUGUGAGAAGUUUUGCUACGGAGCUUAAUAGCGUUAUGCCUCUGUAAUUUACGGGAUCACACUUCAUGCCCUUUUUGAAUACAGGCACCGUAAUGCUGGUUUUCCAUUCCUUUGGUUUCCGGCCUGUGUCCUCGAUGACCCGGAACAGAUGCGUUAUCUGGGUCAUUAGCUCGUGGCCGCCGUACUUAAUCAUUUCAUUGGUGAUGUUGUCAAUGCCUGGUGAUUUGCGAUUCUUCAGCUUGCUUAUAGCUGCUUGUAUUUCUUCUGAUGUGGUCCUAUCAGAGGCAAUGUUAUCCUCCGUAUCAUCCAUAAUUUCCUCUGGCUCCUCUCCGGUACCGUCUUGCUGGUAAAGAUUUUCAAAGUGUGAUAUUCAGGUUUCCGAUUUGAUAAAGGUUACGUUUAUUUCCUCGUUAAUUGGUUUUUUCCUGUUUCGCAACAUAUUCCAUACCUUCUUCUGACCUCCGUGCGGUGUGGAUAAACGAAGCUGAAGCGUGGACAACCACAUUUAGCGCUAAUUGCGCAACGCGAAUACGUGCCAGUGGUUUCGAAGUCUAUAUUCGCAUUCGGCGCCGCUGAAUCGCCAAUGCGACUAUCCAAUUUCGAGAGUUUUACCUCAAUUCGGGGAGGGAGAUCUAUACAUGUGCAUGUAUAAUAGCAAGAUUUUAUUCUGGGAUUAUAAUCAGACAGUCACAUUUCGUGCCAGAGCGCCGUCGACGCGAAUACAGGACCAUGCUACUUUAUUACGAUGAAAGGCAACGCGAGCCUUCAACGGGUUAACAAUAAAUCACGAAAAAAAAAGAAUCUUUAUAACUAUUAUAUAAUACUAUUAUAUAAUAAUAAUACAGUUGUUUCUAAUUUUACACGGCGCGCAAAAGCCGCGCGCCCGCAUUUAUCUCUUUUUUUAUUUCGCGUUUUCCUUUUGUUAAGAAAUUUUCUCUGGAUCUCCGUAUAUAAAAAGUUUCGGCUCAACUUGGAUCGGCGCGGCGCUCAAAAGAAAACACAUAUUUUUUUAUCAAUACGUUUAUCAAUAAUAUCUAUGAUAAUGAUUAUUAUGAUUUAGAAGAUUAUGAUAAUAAUUAUUAUGAUUUAAAAGAUUAUGAUAAUUAAUAUGCCUUUCUUUUCUCGUUUGCGAACUCCUUCACUUUCUGUGCGAACCACGGUCUGUUGUUACUCCUGCUUGUAUUGAUUGUUCUCAUUCCUAUGGCUUCCUUAGCACUGUUUAUUAUGUUUUCUUUUAAUUUCCUCCAUGCUUCCUCGGUUGUAUCGGUUUCUGUGAUAGGGUUGACCGCGAUUUUUUCCCUCAGCCUAUUCUGGUAUAGGAUUUUCGUGCUGUCGUUGUUAAAUGACUCAUUGUAAGUGAACAAAGUUUGCAGUGUCUUGGUUCAAAUAGAAAAGCUACACGGCAACAAUAGCAUGGCCCAUCAAACGACUCGAAGCGGUCUCUCUUCUUUUCUUGCUUCAUACUUUCUCUCUUUCCUAUAACUUUAAAUUCUUCCAGUACACAAUCACCAUCGGGAAUCAUUCUAAUUAUUGUUCUCUUUUUUUAUUUUUUUUUUUAUUUUUUGCGAUCGGUCAACUUUUCUGCAAGCAGUUUCUGCUUGCCAGAUGUAUUUUCGCUCUGCCCAUGCGGACAGGAUCGAUAUAGUUCAUCGUUUUUUACGCUUUGCAAAAUGGAAGAACACUCGCGCUGAGAAUCCGACGUCACGACGGCCGGCACCAUGUCCAACGUGACGAAUUUGAAGUUUUUGUAUAUUAGUGUCUUCUAUCUUGGGUUUUAACUUUCUUUCUUCUUGGAAUUUUUAUAUUCCAAACUGCACCCCCCGCACGAGUGGGGCUCGUGCGGAGAAACUGGACUAUCUUUCGGAUGUUAGGAGAAAUUAAAUUUAAAAUUUGGUCGUCAAGCUUGGGGAGCUUGGGAGUUUUGGAUCAAUAAUACUGCAUAUGUGGUGCUCUUUCUCGUUCUUUUUCUUGUAUCAAAUUUUCAAAAAUUUUUUAAACCAUGCAUUAUAUUUACUAAUGCGUAAUUUGCAAACAAUCACAGCUGCUUGAUCGAACAUAAUGAAUGUACAAAGUGCAUUGUACUACCAUAAUCAAUUCAAAUUGUUCGUGCUUUUACUUUUGUUAAUAUUAUUAUUAUUAUUAUAUUAAUAUAAUUAUUAUUGUAAGUAUCGACGCUGAUGUCAUCAUUCAAGUGUAAAAGAAGCUAAAUGUUUUUAUCCUGCGUAUCUUGCUGCUGAAAAGUCGCGCUCGGACUGACUAAUAUAGGAAAUAUUUCCCGAAAUCACAAUUCUGAUUGAAAAUAAGUACAUUUUUCAAAAUCUUGCGUUGAAAUGACGACAUUAUCAUCGAUAUAUCCAAUGAGUAUAUUGCUUAUCAAUAUCAGCUUGUAACAACUUGGCUGCGUCUGUUUUAUUUUUUCUUCCUUCGUUUGAAUUUUGGAAUGUCUUAUUAAUUUCUAUCGAUAUAACGAUAGUUCGGAGAAAUCCGGUCGUUCGGAUUAUCGUUUUUACUUAAAAUAAUAAAAGGAAGAGAUUUAAUGAAGAGAUUUUUGAUGUGGCUUCCAAUUCUUCCAUCCUUCUGUACUUAUUAGUAAGUGUGCCGAUGUUUCUUGUAAACGUUAUUAUGCGCGAACGUAUAUCGUAAUAUUCUCUUUGUAAUAACGCCCAUCGAAACGACUCCGUUGUGUACGACCGUCAUACAUCUGUUCCGGGACAAAUCUGUGCACGAUCCAAGGAUCCGAGAAUCCAUAGGUCUUUGUGAGUGUACAUAUUUAAAUCAAAUAUGUUAUACAUAUAUAUAUGUUUAAAAAACGGCAGGAGCAGAAAAUGCGCGCGCGCGCGCGCGCGCGUGUGUGUGUGUGUGUGUGUGUGUUUGAUGCAUGUACGUUUGUAUGUAUCGUAUAGAGUUCCUAUAAUAAGAGUUAGGAUACCGUUAUAGCUUUGUCUCACUCCCACUAACUUCUUGGCUGAAGCAUAUGGCGACCAUGAUAGCUUUGUCUUACUCCCACUUACAGCCUGUCUCACUCUCACUAACUUGGCUGAAACAUAUGGCAGGACCAAUAAAAAAUCGUCACCACAUUGGCUUAACUCUUAUUAUAUAGGAACUCUAGUAUCGUAUGUAUGUGGCAUAUGUAUAAAAAGAAAAAAAAUAAUAAUAGCGUUCGAGGCUUUUGCCGAGCGACGGCCGCCGCCGCACCGUUGGACUGCGACCUUUGUAUCGGACGAUUAGAACGUAGAACUAGUGGUCAUGUUCAGCGAUUAUCCGCGGAUACGCGCGUGCGAAUCCAGGGUUGCUUGCAAAAAAAGAAAAAAAAAGAAUUGUUACUCGCACCGCACAUCUAGCGCUAAAUGCGACCGGUCCACGAUCCAUCUUCGCGUCGAUUAUGAUCUUUGUACGCGUCAAUUAAAGCAAUUUACCUGUUUAAGUUUCGUGACUUAGGAGAUUUAUCAGAGACAAUCUUACAAAGCAUGUGCAAUCAUGAAAGAAGACUUAAAAUAGCGUCGAAACCUUGAAGAAGGCCCUUAUUAUCUUCAUUUUUCCCCUCCGCUAUAAAAUACGCAAAAAAAAAAACGAGUUUGAGGAAACCAUACGCUCAGCUUAAUUGAUGUUUGGCAUUAGUUAACUUGGCGAGUGACAAAUAUAUAAAACGAUCGAUUUAAUAUUAAUGUUUGGAAUAUUUUUUUAUGACUACAAAAAUGUCUCGAACAAGUGAAAAGGAAACUAACAUCGCGUCAAUGAGUUUCUUCAAACUAUGUUCUACCGAGAAACUUUAUCUCCUACAAUAGUAUUCCAGAUAUAAUAAAAUAGGUCACUCUUUGUAUCAUUCAAUCUGGCGUGAAGCCUCUUAUCUCCGAUCUUAUAAAUUUUGAUUUUAUCUUUUAAAUCUGUUGCCUCAGAUUGUCAUGAUUUUAUAUGCUUUUAUAAGAGCAUAGGUCACCACGGGGGAAUCUCUGUAGAUUCUCUUGCCUCUUUGACGUCAUCGAACUAUAUAUAUAGCUGAAUCGAUUUAUUAUACCGCUUUAAAGUUCAGGAUCAAUUGACCACAUUUAGCGCUAAACCACACUGUGGCUAAACGCAGCGUUAACCUUAGAAUACUAAUCAUACUUUUAAGCCAUUAACACUAAUCAUACGUUAAAUUUACGUAUGUUGAGAUUUUUCUUUAAAAAAAAUACCAAGAUGAGAGAAAUAAAAGUUUUAUUAGAAAUG